CGGUCUGGACGGGAAGGGGAGGAGAGUAGGAGUAAUAACAAUAGCGAUGAGAGUGCGAGGCAGAGGGUGCUGCUGAGAAUCAUCGGAGGAGUCUGGGGGGAGGAGAGUGUUGUCUGUCCAUCGGAGCUGUUUGUCUGCUGGUACACGGCGCUCACUCCAUCACACACAGGUGGAUGACCCCCCUCCAUAGCAAGACACCUAGGCUCCUUGUUUGUCCCCGAUCACAGCUUCCAUUACACAGGAUCAUCCCCGCUCACAAGGGAGGAAGGGGGAGACAUGGAGCCCUGUGAAGGAGCUGGCAGGCAGAAGCAGCAUACAGUGGCCGGAGAGGAGCGCGGACUCCAUGAUGAUCCUCCGAGCAAAGGGGAGCAGGGACAGGCUGAGGACCCCUGGAGGGAGUGCAUGGACACUGCUGUACAGCUAGCACUCCAAGCUGGCCAGAUGAUCAAGAAGGCUCUUACAGAAGAAAAGAGGGUCUCUACAAAAACCUCUGUGGUUGAUCUUGUGACCGAGACGGACCAUCUUGUGGAGGAACUCCUUAUUUCUGCCCUGAGGGAGAAAUAUCCCACACACAGGUUUAUUGGUGAAGAAUCUACCUCAGCAGGUUCCAAAUGCAUCCUAACAAACAGUCCAACGUGGAUUAUUGAUCCUAUUGAUGGAACCUGCAAUUUUGUACACAGGUUUCCUCCAGUGGCGGUCAGCAUUGGAUUUUCUGUCAAUCGAGAGCUUGAGUUUGGGGUAAUAUACCAUUGCACUGAGGGAAAAAUGUACACUGGAAGAAAAGGGCAAGGGGCGUUUUGUAAUAAAGAGCGACUUCAUGUAACAAAAGAAACAGGUAUCAGGAAUGCUUUCAUUUUAACUGAAAUUGGGCCUAAACGGGAUCCAGCUACAUUGAAAUUGUUCUUGGGAAACAUGGAGAAAUUUCUGAAGUUUCAAGCUCAUGGGAUCCGAAUCAUUGGAAGUGCUACCCUGGCCCUGUGUUAUAUGGCAUCUGGGGCUGCUGAUGGAUUCUAUCAGUUUGGACUGCAUUGCUGGGACUUGGCAGCAGCUACUGUAAUAAUAAGGGAAGCUGGAGGAGUUGUGAUAGAUACCUCUGGUGGACCUUUGGAUCUCAUGUCUUGCCGUGUAGUGGCAGCUGGUACCAUGGAACUGGCACAGAGCAUAGCUCAGCAGUUAGAGACUAUUCCCUAUGGGAGAGAUGAUGACUGAAUAUGUCCAUUGGUGUUGACCUAUCCCUGAUUUUGUUCCUUCUGAAUCCUUCACCCAAGUGUUAUUGUGGGCUUAAAAAAUGGCUUGCAUUUAUCUCUAAGUGUCCAGAGACUAAUGCCAUGUCAUUUUCUAAAUAAAAUAUGUGUCUGUCCUUUC